UUCUCUAUGGCAGAAUUCUCCGUCAACAAUCAGGUCUCCGUAUCCACCAAAGCUAUACCACUCUUCGCGAACUCUGGUUUCCACUCCCGGUUCACAGUGACGAUCAAAUCGCUUGAUAGGAUCCCACCAAGCCUCAAUGCUAAAGACUUCGCCUCGAAGAUGAAAGAACUCCAUGAAUACCUACGUUCCAAUAUCCACACGGCGCAAGAUCAACAAGAACAGGCCGUUAAUACCAAACGAACGCCGGCUCCGCGGUACGAUAUCGGCGAUAUGGUGUUUGUUUCAGCAAAAAACAUCCGAACUACCCGUAACUCCCGGAAGUUGCACUGGAAGAAACUAGGACCGUUCCCCGUUAAAGAAAUCAUCUCGCUAUAUAUGUACCGAGUCGACCUGCCUAGGAGUAUGAAAAUGCACCCCGUCUUCCAUGUAUCGUUGCUAGACCCCGCCGCAAAUGAUCCUGUCCGGAGCAGAUCCAACCACCACCCCCACCUAUUAUCGUUGAGCAGGAAGAGGAGCUAUACCGACCCUACAUGGGAACCCGCCGCAUACCACGAUAAUACCGGCGCCGUUGAUAUCUUUCAUACACGUUACCCUGGCAAACCUGUACCGUUGGAAGGAAAGAUUAAGGUUAAAGCUCGCAGGAGCUCGCGCUUGAAGGGAGGGGCUACUUUCAUGGAUCGAUUAGGGAAUGUACUAGGUUACGAGGAGUUGGAUUAG